AUGCCGUUGAGUAGGUAUCAGAUAAGGAAUGAGUUCAGCUUGGCUGAUCCAGAGCUGUACAGAGAAGCUGAAAAGGAUGAUCCUGAAGCUCUACUGGAAGGUGUGGCCAUGGCAGCUCUCGUUGGCGUUUUGCGCCAGUUGGGCGACCUUGCUGAGUUUGCUGCUGAGAUAUUCCAUAACUUGCAUGAGGAGGUGAUGGCAACAGCUGCAAGAGGCCAUAGUCUAAAGGUUCGUGUACAACAGCUUGAGGCAGAAUUUCCCUCUUUCGAGAAGACCUUUCUCUGCCAAACCAAUCACUCAUCGUUUUUUCACAAUGCAGGUGUUGAUUGGCAUCCUAAUUUGCACAUGGACCAGAAUCUAAUGACGCAGGAAGAUUUACCUCGAUUUAUAAUGGACUCUUAUGAAGAGUGCCGGGGUCCACCUCGGUUAUUUCUUCUUGACAAGUUUGACGUUGCGGGUGCUGGGGCAUGUUUAAAGCGCUAUACUGAUCCAUCAUUCUUUAAAGUACAAGCAUCAGCCUUUGAGAUGAUGAAAGCAGAAGUUCAGAGGGAAAAGAAAACUCGAAAAGCCAAGAAGAAAGGAUCACAUCGGAGGAAUGGAGCAACCCCAGAGGUUUUACCCACAUCACAUGCCAAACUCCGUCAGUUGUUUCUGGAGGAGCGAGUUGAGAAUGGUAUUGGUGAUCCUGCGCGUCAUGUGAAAUUGAAGAGAAGGCUGAAUGGAUUUCCAUUUGACUCAAAAUUUGGAAAAAGUUACAUGGAGAAGCUUUUUAAGACUCCUUCGCCAAAACAUAAGGAGAUUCACGAAAUCUCGGCUAAUUCCUCAGCCUGGAAAUUGCCACCCAUUAUUACUAGUUCUUCAGGGCUUGAAGUACUUGAAAUCAGUACAGUGAGUCCCAAGAGAGAGUCACUGCAGAGAGAGGGAAGUCCAUGUUCUUCGUCUAAUAUAGAAGGGACCGUCCUAAAACCAUGGUUGCGUCAGUUGAGUGUGGAUGUCACCGAUGGAGUGAUGUUGACGGUGCCUGAACAAAGCUCUCAUCUUGAAGCAGAUAACAUCUUGCCUACACUUCAAAAGUUUGUGAAUGAAAAAGAAAUAGUGGUUGAUGGGGAAAGCAAAGUGGAUGGUAGUGUACAUGGUCACCAAUCUGAUGACACUGGAAGGGAGAUAGAUAAUUACAUGGAUGCCCUUACUACCAUGGAAUCAGAAAUGGAGAUAGACUCCGAAUUUAGAGCCAAGAAUGGUCUGGGCUUGUUACAAAAUGAAAAGCAGGUAACGGAUACUGAUGCAAAUGAAGACCAACUUGAAGUGCAUGUUUCAGAUUCUCAAUCGACAAGAAAUUCUACUGCAUUGGAGGAUUGGAACACUUCAUCCAGAAAGGGCAUAUCUAGUUCUUCCUAUUCUGAUACUGUAAGCACUUUGGCCGAGAAUACUCCUUUAGAUAAAGAUGUUGCAGCUAAAGUUUUUCCAUCUACUGAAAAUUUUCAGCAUGAGAUCAUUGGUAAGUCAUCUGGCCAGCUCUCAGUUAAUGAGCAGGUUCCAGUGCCCCAACCUCCAGAGCUUUUAGUCUCCAAUGGGCCAUCUGUUGAGGUUGGAGAGGUCCCAUGUGAUAGGCCAGAUUUUGGAGAGAUGUCAUCUAGUAUACAUUGCACAGAUUUAGGUCCAAAACUUUCACCAGUGGAUCCUGGAGAAUUAUUGAUGAAAGGUACUUUGGUGGUAUCAGAACUGGAUGAAAUAUUCGCCGAAUGUAGCAAACCUGACACUAAAUUUAGUGAAGAAACUGGGAAUAAUCUGAGUGUUAAUUUAUCCCGUACACCUAGGUCUUCUGAUGUUUCUUCCCAGACAAAAGAUAUCCUCUCACCUAUAACAUCUGUUGAAAGCGGUCCUGUGGAUGAGUUGGAUGAUGAAGAUUCAAUUGUGUUUCCUGAUGUUUCCAUUCAUUUUUCAACCAUCUUGGAGUUGGAGGCAACUCUUGAUAAGAACAGUAAUGAAAGUCCAUUGGAUGAUAUGCAUCAAACUGCACAGGCAGAAAGUAAUUAUGCUAAAAUUUUGGUCGGCGAUCAGAUUAAAUUGCCACAUUCAAUUAUUUCACACCCAGAAGGGAAGCCUUUUGAUGUGGCCUCGCCAGAAUUUGAAACUUGUAAUCCAAAUGUGAAGCCCAAUGGCACAGCUUCUGAAGUACAUACUGUUCCAUCGGAUGGGGAGGUAGCAGUAGCUUCUGAAGCAGAUCCUCUUACAUCAGAUGAGGAGGUAGCACUUAACUUAAAUCCUGUAGUGGAGAGUCCCAAUACUCCAAAUUUUGCAGAACAGCAGGUCUUGGAAAUAACAGGUGAUGUUCCACCACUUAAUCUAGAUUCAAAGGAAGUCGAUGUUUCAUAUUCUGAAGAGAAAACUCAUAAUGGAGCUCUCAGCACAGCAGAUGGUGAAGAAAUGAGUGAAAUCAGCCCCAAGAUGGAUUUAAUUGGAAGUGAUGCUGGCACCUUUGAAUUUCCAUCUGAUAUUUCAAACUCUCCAGAUCGUGCAUCGCUGACAGAGGUUCAUAGUCAUUCAGAAGAGAAAAAACCUGUCACAGCUGAAGCAGAACUUGUGCUUAUGAUUCCUGUCAUUGCCAGCCCUGGUAAUGAUGCUAAUAACAACGAUGCUGAUUCUCCGUCCAUAAAUCUCAAAAUGUUGCACGAAGAGCCCCUUUUUAGUCCCGAGGACUUAGAUCGGAGUGGAUUGGAAAUUUUUGAGGAAUGUCUUGCAGAAAAUUAUGAGGAAUCAAACAAAGAGAGGGAAAGUGAUCAACAGACAAUUGCUUCGCCUGAUUUGAAUAGUAUUCUGUGCAGUACAGUCUGUUGUGAUCAUUUUCAGUCAGAAUUGGUUGGUAGUGUUCCUGACUACUCUCUGGCUGCAGAAACUGAAAAUAGUUUGCAUCUUGAUAAUGCUCCCUUGAUUCCAUCAUCUUCAGAGCACAGCAGCUCAGAUUCAGAAUCAAAGUCUCCCCAGCAAAAUGAGUUUGUUGAGAACGUCGAAGAUGCUUGUUCUUCAAUUUUGAUCCAACAAGCAGUUGCUUCACCAGUUCCGGACUCUACUUUGUACAAUGCGGUCCCAUGUGAUGAUUCUGACACACAAUGUCUCAAUAGUGUUCCCGACCCAUCUCUGGCUGCAGAAGCCAAAAAUUGCUUGCAUCUUGAUAAUUCUAACAAAGUCCCAUCAUCUUCAGAACACAGUGGCCAAGUUUCAGAAUCAAAGUCACUCCAGCAGAAUAGUCUUGUUGAAAUAACAGAUGAUUUGUCUUUGCCUGUCCGUGACUUUGGAGAGUUCAAAAUUCCUUUAUAUCAACAUAUUGAGUUGAAUGCUGAUCAACACGGUGUGGUGUCUGUGACCAAAGGCAGUUUAGCAUUGUUCUCUCAGUCAAAACUGAUACAACCUCCAAACGACUUGGAUCAAGAAAGACACUUUGAUGCAUAUCCCGAAUUCGGUCCAGUGGACCUACCAAGCCAUCAUUCAAUGGUGAGAGGUUCACCACAAUAUGGCAGGCAUAAACUUGGUAUCCCUCUUCAAGCCAUGGAUUCAUCUAUUUCUAUCUUUCCUGACUUUGGCCUGCCUGAGGCAACUCAGAUCAAUUUGGAGGAGAUGCCUCCGAUGCCACCUCUUCCUCCAGUUCAGUGGAGGAUAGGGAAGCUCCAACACAUAUCCCCAGCUUCCGAGAGAAAUGCAGCACAAUAUAGUGUGGAUUACUUACCACCAAUAUUGUCAUCUACAGCUGAAGAGAAAACUCAAUUGGGUUUUCUGGCAAUGCAGGGGGACAUAAUCCAACCUUCAAACCCAGUCUUGCCACUCUCAGCUGUAAAGGAUGAGACUUCCCAACAUGGCCACGGACACUUAGCUGCUAGUUUGGUGCACUCUGGUCAAUUCCCAUUGCAAAUGCCAACAAUGGUUAAUCAUGGGAACAGUCUGGAUGAUUUUCUUACUUCAGGCGAAACACAGUCUGUGGACCCAUUCUUAACACGGCCUGUCACAUAUGCUGAGACUGCACAACAGUGCUUCCAUGCUGAAGAGGGACAAAUAAUGCAGCCUAGUGUGAAUUCAGUCACAACACUAACAAAAACUGGAAAUGCAGCCUCUGCAUAUGUUUCUGGGUCUUUACAUGAAAAACCAUUCCAACAUCUGCGACAAGCACCGGAGACAAAUUUAGAGGACGAAAAGCUUAAGCAGAGCUCUGGAAUUUCAGAGGGAGAAGUGAGGAAUCCUUGCAACAUCCUCGAGUCACUGCAAUCUGAAGAAUAUGGUCAACUCCAGCAUGUUUUUCUGACUUCAGAGGGAGAAAUUGCAUGGUCAGCUUUUGAAGAUGCGAAGCCAAAUGGGAAUCGUCCAAUGAAGAUUCCUCGACCUCGUAGUCCUCUCAUCGAUGCUGUUGCCGCUCACGACAAAAGCAAGUUGAGAAAGGCAAUAGAGCGUGUUCGGCCCCAGAUACAGAAAAUAGAUGAAAGGGAUUCACUACUGGAACAGAUCAGGGCAAAGUCCUUCAACUUGAAACCCGCGGUUGUGACAAGACCAAGCAUUGAGGGCCCCAAAACUAAUUUAAAAGUUGCUGCCAUUUUGGAGAAAGCAAAUGCAAUCCGCCAGGCAUUGGCUGGAAGCGACGAGGAUGAUGAUGUGGAUAGUUGGAGUGAUUCGUGAAGACCUUUGCUAUAUCACUGCGGCUGCAGUUAGCGUGAUCGCCGUGAAGUUUAUGGUGAUUCGGGGGAAACCUUGCUCUGCACCCUUUUCCUCUUCCGGCGAAUAGGAAGUUUCUGUUGUACUUAUUCUUUUUUCCUCUACCCUUCAUCCUUGUAUAUUAGUCUCUACGCUUUAUCCCCGUAUGAGAUUCUCCCUCCCUCCCUCCCCAAAAUGAUGUCGAUUAUUGUGUCUUACUGCCGAUUACUUCAUCAUUUAGUAGAUUUUGGUGGGGUUAUAUACGCACCGGAUUUGCAUAUAGUUUGAUAUGUAAUGCAUGUUGUACAUGGG